CAGGCUCAGACUCCUCAUCCCGAGCUGGUCAUGUGACUCUUCCCAUCGGCUGGGAUUUCUCUCUCGGCAUGGCGGAGAUGAUGGAGCUUGGUCUGCUGUCUAAUACCAUUUGUUUUUCACUGUGAGGAGGACAGGGGGCAUUUUUGUUGUCGGUAAACCGCUCUGCGCCGUUCUUCCCCCUGGUUUUGGGCCAUAAUGGCGGAGCGCGGUGUGGAUGUGUCCGCUCUUCCCCAAGAGGUCCGGGAGCAGCUCGCUGAGCUGGACCUGGAGCUGUCGGAGGGUGACAUCACACAAAAAGGAUACGAGAAGAAGAGGGCCAAAGUUUUAGCACCCUACUUGACACAAACACAAAAUUUAGCUCCGCCUCCGGCCUAUGAUGCACAGUCUCCUGGUCCAAGCUCCGCCUCUGCACCUGCACCUGAACCUGGCCCUUCGAACUCGUCCUCCUCCUCUUCUCGCCACCGGCGCACACGGCGUCCACACCGGAGCAGUGGGACGAGAGAUGAACGCUACAGAUCAGAUAUCCACACUGAGGCAGUUCAGGCAGCGUUGGCCAAGCAUAAAGAGGAAAAGAUGGCACUGCCCAUGCCAACCAAACGUCGGUCCGCAUAUGUACAGUCACCAAUUGACAACUGCUCCCCACCAGACUCCUCCUCUUCCUCUGAUGAUGAGGCCGUGUCGAGUGAAAGUGCAGGUCCUCAGCAGUCUCCAGACACCUGGAUUAAUAGCUCUCUGCACGGCUCCUCCACCUCCUCCUCUGCCUCCUCCACUCUCUCCCAUGGGGAGUCUCGGCCCACCCAGGCUCCUCAGCCUCAGUCUCAGCAGGUCCCGCCUCCACCCGCACCUGCCCACCCGCCCCACUCCCACUCCCAGCCCUCAGCCCUGGCAGAGGCCUUUGCUCAGGCACGCAUCGAUCCGGUAGGAGGAGUCGGACCCCCUGAUGUGCCAUCCCAAGCUCAGGCCAGAGGCUCUCGUGUAGAUCUGCCUGCCAAUGCCGUGGUGCGAGGCAUGAGUCGAGGCCAGAGCCGGUCCAGCAUGAUGGAGACAGCAGACGUGAGAAGAGUAGGCAGAGGUGUUCCAGUGUCCAGUCGUGUAUCCACAAAGAUUCAGCAGCUGCUAAACACACUAAAACGACCCAAACGCCCACCACUCAGUGAGUUCUUCACGGAUGACCAAGAGGAGAUUGUAGAAGUUCCUCAGGCAGAUCCUAACACCCCGAAGCCAGAAGGCCGGCAGAUAAUCCCGGUGAAGGGGGAGCCGUUGGGUGUGGUCAGUAACUGGCCUCCUGCUCUUCAGGCAGCAUUAGCUCGAUGGGGUGCCACACAAGGCAAGAGCCCUGCCCUCACAGCUCUGGAUAUCACUGGAAAACCACUUUAUACACUUACGUAUGGGAAACUGUGGAGUCGUAGUGUAAAGCUGGCCUACACUCUCCUCAACAAGCUGGGAACCAAAAAUGAGCAGAUCCUCAAACCAGGAGACCGGGUGGCGUUGGUGUAUCCAAACAGUGACCCUGGUAUGUUCUGGGUUGCGUUUUAUGGCUGUUUGUUGGCUGAAGUCAUUCCUGUGCCCAUAGAGGUUCCACUAUCCCGAAAGGAUGCUGGGAGCAGCCAGGUUGGUUUUUUGUUAGGUAGCUGUGGGGUGGGUUUGGCUUUGACCAGUGAGGUCUGUUUGAAGGGUUUACCCAAGACCCCCACUGGAGAAAUAUUGCAGUUUAAAGGCUGGCCCAGGUUAAAGUGGGUGGUGACGGACUCCAAAUACCUCACAAAGCCUUCGAAAGACUGGCAGCCUCACAUACCAACAGCAAACACAGACACAGCAUACAUAGAGUAUAAGGCCAGUAAGGAGGGCACAGUGAUGGGUGUUGCGGUUUCAAAAGUUGCCAUGUUAACACAUUGCCAGGCUCUCACUCAGGCCUGUAACUACUGUGAGGGUGAAACGCUGGUUAAUGUUUUGGACUUUAAGAAGGACAUGGGUUUGUGGCAUGGAGUUCUCACGAGUGUGAUGAACCGAAUCCACACCAUCAGUGUUCCAUAUGCAGUAAUGAAAGCUUGUCCACUUUCCUGGGUUCAGAGAGUUCACAUACACAAAGCACGGGUUGCCCUGGUGAAGUGUCGUGACCUGCAUUGGGCGAUGAUGGCUCACAGAGAUCAGAGAGACACCAGUCUGGCCUCGUUGCGCAUGCUAAUUGUUGCUGACGGAGCCAAUCCUUGGUCGGUUUCAUCAUGUGAUGCCUUUUUAAACGUAUUCCAGGCUCAUGGUUUGAAGCCAGAGGUCAUUUGCCCGUGUGCUACAUCACCUGAGGCCAUGACGGUUGCCAUACGGAGGCCUGGGGUCCCGGGUGCUCCUCUUCCAGCAAGAGCUGUCCUGUCCAUGACUGGGCUGAGCCAUGGGGUCAUCAGGGUCAACACUGAAGACAAAAACUCUGCUCUCACCGUCCAAGAUGUGGGACACGUCAUGCCUGGAGCAUUGAUGUGCAUUGUGAAACCGGAUGGGCCGCCAAUGCUGUGUAAGACGGAUGAAAUUGGAGAGAUCGUCGUGAACUCUCGUGCUGGUGGCAACAUGUACUACGGCCUGCAUGGAGUCACUAAAAACACCUUUGAGGUGAUCCCAGUCAAUGCUAGUGGCACUCCUAUUGGUGAAAUCCCAUUUGUGCGGUCAGGAUUACUGGGGUUUGUUGGACCGGGUAGUUUGAUAUUUGUGGUGGGUAAGAAUGAGGGCUUGCUAAUGGUUAGUGGUCGUCGUCACAAUGCUGAUGAUCUAGUAGCGACGGCACUAGCGGUGGAACCAGUCAAAACUGUGUACAGAGGAAGGAUUGCAGUGUUCUCAGUGACUGUGUUCUAUGAUGAGAGGAUAGUGAUCGUAGCAGAGCAGAGGCCUGAUGCCAGUGAAGAAGACAGCUUUCAGUGGAUGAGCCGGGUUCUACAGGCAAUUGACAGUAUUCAUCAGGUGGGAUUGUAUUGUCUUGCACUGGUUCCUGCCAACACCCUGCCCAAAACUCCCCUAGGGGGUAUUCACAUCUCAGACACCAAGCAACUCUUCCUGGAGGGAGCGCUGCACCCCUGCAACAUCCUCAUGUGCCCCCACACCUGCGUCACCAACAUGCCCAAACCACGUCAAAAACAACCAGUUGGUGUUGGCCCUGCCUCCAUCAUGGUGGGUAAUUUGGUUGCUGGGAAAAGAAUUGCACAGGCUGCAGGCAGAGAUCUGGGACUCAUAGAGGACCAAGACCUGGUCAGGAAGCUGUGCAUGUGGCCUACAAUGAUGCAUCAGUUCCUUACAGAGGCUUUACAGUGGAGAGCUCAAACCGAUCCUGACCAUACACUUUAUGUACUUUUGAAUGCAAAGGGAGUGGCAAUAUGUACAGCUACAUGUGUUCAGCUUCAUAAAAGAGCAGAGAAGAUUGCAGCUGCUCUCAUGGAGAGAAGUGGUAUUAACAUCGGAGAAAAUGUGGUGCUUUUGUAUCCACCAGGUAUAGAUCUGAUCGCAGCAUUUUAUGGCUGUUUGUAUGCUGGUUGUAUUCCUGUCACCGUGAGGCCUCCACACCCACAGAACCUCUCUGCCACUCUGCCCACUGUCCGCAUGAUCAUUGAUGUCAGCAAGGCUGCUUGCAUUCUCACUACUCAGGUUUUAACGAAGAUUCUCAGAUCUAAAGAAGCAGCAGCUACAGUCAACAUAAAAACAUGGCCCAUCAUAAUAGACACAGAUGACUUGCCUCGCAAACGACCUCCCACAAUCUACAAACCGCCCAAUGCUGAGAUGAUCGCCUAUCUGGAUUUCAGUGUCUCAACCACAGGCAUGCUGACAGGAGUGAAGAUCUCUCAUGCGGCGGUGAGUGCUCUCUGUCGCUCUAUAAAGCUGCAGUGUGAGCUGUACUCCUCUCGCCAGAUCACCAUCUGCCUCGACCCCUACUGUGGACUUGGUUUUGUGCUCUGGUGCCUUGCGAGUGUAUAUUCAGGUCAUCAGUCCAUCUUGAUCCCUCCUAUGGAGCUGGAGAGCUCGCUGACCCUGUGGCUGGGCACACUCAGUCAGUACCGCAUCAGAGACACCUUCUGCUCCUAUUCGGUCAUGGAGCUCUGCACCAAGGGCCUAGGUGGACAGACAGACAUGCUGAAGGCACGUGGUGUGAACCUGUCAUGUGUGAGGAGCUGUGUGGUGGUUGCUGAGGAGCGUCCACGCUUGGCUCUCACACAUUCCUUCUCCAAGCUGUUCAAAGAUAUUGGACUCUCCAUGCGGGCUGUCAGCACUGCUUUUGGGUCGCGAGUUAACCUGGCCAUCUGCCUACAGGGUACCACAGGGCCAGACCCCUCAACUGUUUAUGUGGACAUGAAGUCCCUCCGGCAUGACCGGGUGAGGUUAGUAGAGCGAGGAGCGCCGCAGUCACUUCCUCUUGUGGAGUCUGGAACAAUUCUUCCUGGUGUGAGGGUGAUCAUAGUCAAUCCAGAAACUAGAGGACCACUAGGGGACUCUCACCUGGGAGAGAUUUGGGUAAACAGUCCCCACAAUGCAACUGGUUACUACACUAUAUACGGAGAGGAAAAUCUGCAGGCUGACCACUUCAACACUAAGCUUAGUUUUGGAGAUCCUCAAACGCUCUGGGCCAGAACUGGAUACCUGGGCUUUGUCAAGAGAACUGAACUCACAGACUCCAGUGGAGAUCGUCAUGACGCCUUGUUUGUGGUGGGCUCUCUGGAUGAGACUUUAGAAUUGAGAGGUUUGCGAUAUCAUCCAAUUGACAUCGAGACCAGUGUAUCACGUGCCCAUCGCAGCAUUGGUGAAAGUGCCGUAUUCACCUGGACAAAUCUGCUGGUGGUGGUGGCUGAACUCUGUGGAUCUGAGCAGGACGCUUUAGACCUGGUUCCGCUGGUAACCAAUGUUGUAUUAGAGGAGCACCAUCUGAUUGUGGGUGUAGUGGUUAUCGUUGACCCAGGGGUCAUUCCCAUUAACUCCAGAGGAGAAAAGCAGCGAAUGCACUUGAGAGACUCCUUCCUGGCAGAUCAGCUGGACCCCAUAUACGUAGCGUACAACAUGUGAGUGGAGUAAUGGGCGAUACAAAGGCUUACCAGAAAGGUGCUAUGGAGCCUGGCCUCACUACUGAGAUUGGGUUCUUAUACAGACAGACUUGGCCCUGUUUUUUCAGGGAUAAGGUGUUAUCGAACAAAAAUUACAAAUGUGUGAGAUGACUGUUUUGGAGAAGGGAUAUUAUAAUUAAAUUUCCCUUUUUGCUCACUUCCUUCUCCCCCAGAACCCCCCUCCCCCUUUUCAGCAAAAUGCCACUUACUAUCUGUCCAGUUCUUGGUCAUGAUUUAAAUUUACUUGAAUUACAUAGCUGUUGUUUUCUACUCAAAUGCAUUCCUAUUCUUGCACUGUCUAGCUAGCUAAUUUUCUUUGAAUCAAAAUGAGCUUAAAGCCUCAGUUUGUAAGUUUUCACCUGUGUUGUUCGAUUCCAGAAUUGUUGAUUCUGAUUCCAAGUUUUUGGAAUCAAUGGAAUCGAUUCCAGGAGUCAGUUCUCAGAAUAAGUAUAAAAGGGAGACAAAGUGAAUUCUUAAAAAGUGCAAUAUAAACUGUAAUUUUUACGAUUAUGAUCACUAGAAUGAAUGAUAGGAGAUCUUGAUGGAUGGAUAAACUACAAAAGACAUGAGUCGCGUAAUUAUGUAGAUUUAGCAAUAUAAAUUCUGUUUCUUAAAUUAGUGUUGUUACAACUCUUUUGGGAUGUGUAUUAGUGUGCUAAUCAAGUUAAUGAACAGACUAGGAUGUCAUGCCUCUGAAUCCCAACAGCAAAGAAUGAAAGAUUAGUUUCUUUUAGGACAUAGCAUUAAGUGAUUCUGAAUAUAUACACAGAAUUGAUCUGCAACCCUGCUUAUUAAUGGUGCUGUGUGUUACAGGGCUUUAAAAUGAAACAUUUUAGGACAGCAUUGGGGUAAUAGGGGUAUCGAUACUCCCCUGGUCAUUUGUCAUUCAUCAGAUGCUUUUGUCCAAAGCAGCUUACAGUAUACUUAUGACACAGGGACAGUCCCUCCAGAGCAACCUGGGGUUAAGUGCCUUUCUCAAGGGCAGAAUUGAUUAUAGGACAUUUCUUUAACGCUCUGGUUCAUAGAAUGCCCUUACCCAGGUUAAAACCCACAGUUUCAUCCACCAUUGUUUUGAUUAACACACAACUGUGCUACGGAGACUGCAGCCGUCAGCUCAUUUUGCUCAGUUUGCUGUCUGUUCUGGAAUCACUUAGCAUUUUAAAUCUUACCACUGGGGCUUUAACUAAAUUUCAGAUAUGGAGCUAUUCUGAAACUUAUUCUGAGCUAUUCAGAAUAAGCUAUUCUGAGCUGGUUACAAACUUAUAUAUUUUAAUUUGUUUUAUUUCUACUGUACACAAUCUACAGCUGUACUAGAAAAAAUUGCAAUGUAAUACCCAAAAGUAUAUAACUUUCUUUCUUUCUUUUUUUUUUUUUAGUAUAAAUUGCUUAGUUUUGCAAUUAGUGCAAUAUAAAUAUUACACUGAACAACUUCAUUCCCUCAACCCCCAGAAGUUCAGCAUGAGGAUAAUCAUCCCUAUUAUUUUUCAUUAUCCUUUAUGCACUUUAUUAGAUAAAUGCAGAUACGUUCUGUUACGUGGAUUAUUAAUAUCUGUCAACAAGGGCAUAUGUGUAGUAUUAUAAUUACUUGCAUUACUGAGUAGCAUAUGACUUACACAAAAAAGUGCAGGCACAUAAAAAAAAAAAAAACACAUUUUGGGGGCUUAAUGCCCAGUCUAACCUCAGUACCUACAUUUAUAAAUCAUACAUUCCUUGAGUUUACUUUUCAACAUAAAACAGUAAGACAAGAGCAUUCACCAACUGCAAACCUCAUUAUCACACACCAAGCCCAAACCAAACACCAACUGAGGUACGUAUAGCUCUAUUUUUGCUCUCAUCUAAAGGUGCUUAUUCACAUCAGGACAAGCCAUUUAAACCUCUGAAUGGCAAAAAAGGAAUUCAGGCAUCUGUACAAUAAAACAAAACAAGUGUAAAAUAACACUACUCUGUACAAGCAAGCCCCUCGUGAACACCUAACUGUACAAACUAAGGCAUCGAUUUUACAUGUUUGGCAAAGGAUCUUUAAAGGACAGUUGCUGUCUCCUGUACUAUAGACAUUUUUACUAGGAAUGACUAACUUCUUGUAAACCAUAAAUAAUUGUAAAUUAUUGCUUGUGUACAGAUGAGAAAUUCUACUGUACUGUACUGUAAGUUAGUUGCUGUAUUCUGUCAGAUUUUUGGAUUAAUAUUAACUACUGUCAUUGACAUCCCUUCGUAGCUGAGCAGGGGUCUGAAGUUGAAGACUUCUUGUAAAUAGCUUGCUCUGUUUUUGUUUUUUUCUUUUCUGGUUGAUCAGAAAUGUGAUGGGUUGAAGUCUGUCUGUCAUGCAUUUCUAUUUAGAAUUCAGAUUCAGAAAUCUUACGGUAUGUACAAGUCUUUAAGAUGUAAGCAUGAUAAAGUCAAGCACUGUGGGGGCUCGAAAGACUAUUUUCAGAGUCCUUACACAACUGAUCACUACAGUAUGUUAGCCUGACCUCAUUCUGGGGUUGUAUAUGUAUGCGUAUGUAUGGUCACCGCGUUGAAAGGUCAUUUGUUUGCUGAUGAGUUCCAUGAUACCUUUUCCCAAAUCAGAGACACUGUCAUGAAAUGUAUUCUCUCAUUCUCACUGUCGUUAAUGGCAUCAGAGCUGAGCUUAUGUGAUGAAAGCACAAGCGAGUGAAUGAGCUUUUUACAUGGGGCAUUCAGGGAAAUAGUGCUUUCCAGGAUGGAGAGGAUAUUCAUUUAUAAAUAUUCACUUUCAUGUUUUGCAAUGAUUUUGUUCUUUAAUAAAAAGAAUUUAUUUGUCAUUUACAUAAGCGUUAACCAAGUCUUAAUAUGGACAAGACACACAAAAAGCAGAAGAUUAGACCAAGUCGAUUGCCAGUUAAUUGAUAAUCUGUCAUGCCAGCUAAGUGCUGGAACCAAAAGUAAUGUUUCACACACUAUGCAACCAGCUGCAGUUACAAAGGACACAUCCGGCAAAGACACGUACACACUUAACCACUAUACAAGAAAUAAAAUGCAGAUUAUUUGCUUGCUAUAAAAUGGGAACAUGCAGCAGUAACUUGACUUUUUUGUUGAGACAAUGCAUAUUACUUUUCUGUGUUGAUUAAAACGUUAUGUUCAAUUCUCAUAGCAUCUUUAAUUACAAGAUUAAGAUAUCACAUUCCAAUUAUAAGAAUGUGAUAUUUAUAAUUUCUUUUAGUCAUUCAUGGAUAUAAAUGAGAGUCAUGAAUAUGCAAGCAAGCAUUUUCCUGUUGGUUCACAUCUUUCUUUUUUGUACAUUGGUUAUUGUAACUGUUUUAUACUCCAAUGAAAAACACGAAAAAAUAAUAAAAGGCUUUUAUUUUGCA